AUGGCUUCUUCUUCUACUUCAAACCCUACCCCUCCAAAGAAAUAUGACGUCUUCCUUAGUUUCAGAGGAGAAGACACUCGUUUUGGUUUUACCAGCUACCUCUAUGAUGCAUUGAAGCGGAAACAAAUCCUAACCUUUAUAGAUAAUGAGCUCGUGAGAGGAGAGGAAAUUUCGCCUUCACUUUUGAAAGCAAUUGAAGAGUCCAAGCUUUCUGUGAUUAUUUUUUCUGAAAACUAUGCAUCUUCCAAAUGGUGCUUAGAGGAGCUUGAAAAGAUUCUUGAAUGGAGAAAAAAUAACGGACAGAUAGUUGUUCCGGUUUUCUACUUGGUUGAUCCAUCUCAUGUUAGAAAUCAGAAUGGAAGUUUUGGAGAUGCAUUUGCUAGACUUAUAGAAGAGAAAGCUUUGGCGAUGGACAAAGUGCAGAGCUUCAGAAACGCUUUAAACGACGCGGCCAAUCUUUCAGGAUGGGGCUUAGAGAAGUUUGAAGGAUGGGAGCAAAACUGUGCUACAAGAGUAUUACAAGGCUGUUACGGUCCAUCUGUGCUAUUCGAUAUAAGCACCCUCAUCGAUAAGUGCCUCAUAACAGUUCCUCACAGCAUGAUAAAAAUGCAUGCUUUACUACAAGAAAUGGCAUUGAGCAUUGUUCGUGCAGAAUCUAAGAACCCUGGCAAACGUAGCCGGUUGUGUGAUACUAAUGAUGUGGUUCACGUACUGAAGAAAAAGAAGGGAAGUGACCGAAUUGAAGGCAUAUCUUUGGACACAUCCGAGUUAUCAAGAGAGAUGCACUUGGAAUCUGAUGCUUUCGCUAAGAUGGAUCGUCUUAGAUUUCUCAAAUUCUAUGGUGGCAAUCCCUUCUCUGGAUUGCACCUUCCUUCUAGUGGUCUCAAAUAUCUUUCUGAUGAGCUGAGAUAUCUCCAUUGGACUGGAUUCCCUUCGAAAUCGUUGCCACAAAAUUUUAAUGCCGAAAACCUCGUUGAACUUGAUUUUUAUGGGAGUAAGAUUGAAAAACUUUGGAGAGGAGUACAGGAUCUUGUAAAUUUAAGGAAAAUCAACCUCAGUGGGUGUGAAUGCUUGACAGAAUUGCCAGAUCUAUCAAAGGCCAACAAUUUAGAGUUUUUAGGUCUUCAAGGCUGUAAAAGUUUAAUUGAGGUUCCGUCAUCCUUUCAAUGCCUUGACAAGCUGGAAGUACUCUAUCUCGAUGAAUGCUACAAUAUUAGAAGUCUUCCAAGUAGGUUUGAUUCAAAGGUUUUCAGAGCAUUUACUAUAACUAGGCACCCAGAUAUGAGUAAGUGUCCAGAGAUCGUUUCAGGAAUUAUGAACCGGUUAGAUUUAAGUGAAACUUCAAUAAGAGAAGUUCCACCAUCAAUUACUAGUACGUUGGAAGCCCUUUCUCUACGUGGUUGCUCAAAUAUUACCAGGUUUCCAGAGGGUUUAGGAGAUAUAAAAGAUUUAAUUCUAAGUCGGACAGCUAUAGAAGAGGUGCCCUCCUCAAUCCAGUUUCUCAUCGGGCUCAGAAUAUUGGAUAUGAGUGGUUGCUCAAAACUCAAGAGCUUCCCAGAAAUUACGGAGCCUAUGAAAUCAUUGUAUUCUCUUAAUUUGAGUGAAACGGGUAUUAAAGAGCUGCCUUCCUCAAUCCAUUUUCUCACCAGACUCCAAACAUUGGAUAUGAGGGGUUGCUCAAAACUCUUGAGCUUCCCAGAAAUUAUGGAGCCACUAAAACAUUUGGGCCAUCUAAAUUUGAGAGAAACAGGUAUUAAAGAGCUGCCCUCAUCAAUUAAGUAUCUCAUAUCUUUGAGAUAUCUGAAUGUAGGUGGAACGCCUAUUAGAGAGCUGCCAGAGCUUCCACCUUCACUAUGGACUCUAAGAGCAUGGGACUGUGCAUCGCUAGAAAUCGUAUCAAUCAUCAAUUUAAGCAAUUUAGAGUACGGGUUGAAUUUUUCCAAGUGCUUCAAGUUGGAUCAGAAAGCAGUUAUAUCAGAUUUCCUAUUCAAAAUUCAGUCUAGACAGAUUGCAUUUGAAGGCAUUGAGAUGGUUUUACCAGGGAGUGAAAUUCCAGAAUGGUUGGGGGAUCAAGGAGUGGGAUCUUCAGUUACCAUGAAGUUGCCCUCAAAUUGUCAUCAGCUCAAGGGUUUUGCUUUCUGUCUCGUCUUUCUAAUCCCUCUAAUUCCCCCAGAUAAUUUGCUUUAUAAAUUCAUUGUUGAUCAUGAAGUUGUCAUCGAUUUUGAGUGGCAUGUCAGAAGUAAAAACGGUGAGCAUGAUGAUAUCACUUUCGAGACCGGUUAUGAUCCAUGUGUUUUCCAGUUCGACAAGCUAUAUGACUCAGAUCACAUGUUUUUAAAGUACGAGCCCUUAGUGUUUGAAAAUCAAUUGAGUAAAUAUUCUGGCAAUGAAGUUACAUUCGAAUUCUACCCAGUGGUGGAAUCUUCUCAUUCGGAGUCGGACAACGUAAGGACGCUGCUGGGGGAGAUCCAAAAGCUUUGCAAGUUGAAAAGAUGUGGGGUUUAUCUUCACUUUGAUGAAAGUAUACCCAGCAGUAUUUCUGAUGAGAAUUUGAGUGACCAGUCUUUACUCUAG